AUGAACAACAACAAUAUGGGGAAAUUAUCUUUGGUAGCAGUUACAAUUUUGGUGGCUACUGUGGCCGCAUAUCCAAGCAAACCAUCUUUCCUCGGGUGCCAGAGCUCAGAAGACUGCGGCAUGGACGAAUGUUGCGUUUUAGAUGUCAAUGUCAAUAAUCGUCUAAAACCUGCUGUAUGCAGAAAUUUAAAUAAAACAUUUCGUAAUAUACAUACGUACAACAAUGAGGAUGAUGGAUUUUUAAAAAACUAUAUAUUACAAUGGGUAAAUAAAUCAGAACCAUCGUAUGGUCUGUCAGAUAAUGAUGAUAUGUUAAUAGCUGAAAAACACAUUGAAGAUAAUGGUGAAAUUGGAAGCCAACUAAGUGUUAUUUUGGGUACAACUGUUUCAUCUUUUGAAAACCUCAUUCCUAUUGAACAGGAUCAUGAUGAAAUUGAUGGUGAACUAAGUGUAAUUUUGGAAACAGCAGUUUCAUCUUUUGAAAACCUUAUACCUAUGGAACAGGAUCAUGACGAAAUUGAGGGCGAAUUAAGUAUAAUUUUGGGUACAGCUGAACCAUCAUUAGUUGGAAGUCAUGAAGAACAUAAUUUGAAUACAGAAUAUAAUACAAUUAAUAAAAGAAAGUCCAGGGUGAGUGUGAAAGGUGAUACCAGACAAUUUAGAAUUUAUAGAAAUCAAAGAAGAAAUACUGGAAUGGAAUAUAUAACUAAUACAGGGAAAAUAAUAAGUAGUAGAAAAAGAAGGGAUACACCAGAAAAACAAAAACCAAGGGAAAAAACAUAUCAAUAUUAUGUACCAAAAAAUGGUGAGUUAUUACGUGUAUGUAAAGGUUGUUUUAUGAAAAUAUUUGGUGAAAAUACCAAGUUUUUGAGAAAUAUUUGUACUAAUAUGCUAAGUUCACCAGCACAGCGAUGUUCUCCAGAUAAAAGAGGUCGUGCACCACCUGGAAACAAACGCUCUCAAGAUGAUAUUAAAUUGUUGAUUAAUCAUAUUAACAAACUUCCAUGUUACGAAAGUCAUUAUUGUAGGAAGGAGACUUCAAAAAAGUAUUUACCAAGCCAUUUUACAUUACAACGAGCUUAUGAUGAAUAUAAAACAAGUGUAGAAAAGCCAGUAAGUCGAACACUGUAUGAAAAAUAUUUUAAAAAUGCAGGGUUGAAAGUCAAGAAUCCCAAAAAAGACACUUGCGCACUGUGUGACAAGUUUAAAAUACAGCUUACUGAUAACAUUAUUUCACCAGAAGAAAAAUCUAAAAUAAUUGAAGAUAAGAUAAAACAUCAAGACGAAGCUGAGCAAACCUAUGAAUUAAAAAGAAACGACAUAGCCACCAUGUCCAAAAACCAAUGUGUUUUAUCGUUUGAUUUACAACAGUGUCUUCCAACACCCUCAUUAGAAAGCUCUGUUGCAUUUUAUAAACGACAAUUGUGGACCUACAAUUUAACUGUGCACAAUUGUGCAUCUAAUACAGCAACAUGUUAUAUUUGGUACGAAACUUUAGCCAAACGAGGGGCUAAUGACAUUGGUUCAUGUGUGUACAAUUAUUUAACUAAUUUACCAAAAAAUAUAACACAUGUAACUAUGUACAGUGAUUGCUGCCCUGGGCAAAAUAAAAACAGUAUUCUAAUGGCAAUGUGUCUGUUUUUCUUGGAUCAACAGGAAACUGUUCAAAUAAUUGAUCACAAGUUUAUGGUAUCAGGCCACUCCAGAAUGGAGUGUGACUCAGAUCAUGCAAAAAUCGAAAAAGCUCGGAAAACAUUUCCUUCUUCAAUAAACCACCCGUAUGAUUGGAUACAAUUAAUUAAAUAUGCAGGAAAAAACAAAUUUUUGGUUGUAGAAAUGGCACAAGAUAUGUUUUAUGACUUCAACAGUUUGUUCAAAACAAGCUAUCAAAUGAAAAAAACUAACAUAAAUAAGGAAAAGUUUGUGUUUCGUGAUGUAAAGUGGAUUCGCUAUACUAAAAAUGAAAAAGGAAUAGUACACUACAAGACAUCAGUCGAUUUAAAUGCCAAAUUCCAUAAAUUGAAUCUAAACAAAAGAAAUCCAGUUUCAAUGAACAUUCCAAAAGCAUAUGAUGAUGAUUUAUUUAUAACUGAAGAAAAAAAAAAGGAUCUUAUGUCUUUAUUAAAGUUUAUACCAGAAACAUUUCAUAAUUUCUAUAAAAACUUAAAAUCAAACAAAAAUACGGUCGACCCUAUAAUAUCUGAUGAAGAGUAUUAA